CAAACCUACCCACGUCUCGCUUCGCGCACCAGUGCGUCUUUGUGGAGCCAGCAGCUAUAUCCAUUUGCAGCACCAACCGCUUGCCUUGCCUUUACCUUCAGUGGCUUAGUACCAGUGAUCUGGAUACACCAAACUAAUACAAAUCAAAAAAGUUUGGGAUGCGAAUGCCUUUAACCGUAUGCUAUUGUUAUUAUUUUUAUAAUUGGUUCGACCUGAACCUAAACGUUUACUAGUUGGCAGUCGUGCGCGCUCUUGAAGCGAUCAAAGCUUUGGUUUAGCACACCGCUGUUCCGUCUGCAAUUGAAUAGAGAACCUUUUUAAUUUUAAAUUACUACUACGCAUUAUACGAACUUUAAUUGAUUCAUCAAAGUCGAUACCCGAUACCGAGAAGCAAUGGAGUACCCAACACUUUCCGCGGCGGAUUUCGCUGACCUGUAUUCUGUUAUCCCUUUUAAUGUCUCAUUUUUAGAUGAUGAUUCCACCGGGCUCGUGUCAUUAUCUAAAGGCAACGGGACUGACGUUGCCACUAAAAAGGACAAAACAAGUGUUAUUAUCGCAAUCUCGAUAACAGCUCUUUAUUCUCUCAUAUGUGUCGUGGGACUUCUCGGAAACAUUCUCGUAAUGUAUGGAGUGGUAAGGUACACCAAGAUGAAAACCGCCACCAACAUCUACAUCUUCAACCUGGCCCUGGCCGACGCCCUGGCCACCAGCACGCUGCCCUUCCAGAGCGCCAAGUACCUGAUGAACACCUGGCCCUUUGGACAGCUCCUGUGCAAGGUGGUCAUCGCCAUCGACUACUACAACAUGUUCACCAGUAUCUUCACGCUGACCAUGAUGAGCGUGGACCGCUACAUCGCCGUGUGCCACCCCGUCCGGGCGCUGGACUUCCGCACGCCCGCCAAGGCCAAGCUCAUCAACGUGUGCAUCUGGAUCCUCUCCUCCGCCAUCGGAGUUCCCAUCAUGAUCAUGGCCGUUACCAAGGAGACGGAGAAAGGCAACACCGUGUGCAUGCUCGGGUUCCCCCAGCCCGACUGGUACUGGGACACGGUCACCAAGAUGUGCGUGUUCCUCUUCGCCUUCGUGGUGCCCGUCCUGGUGAUCACCAUCUGCUACGGCCUGAUGAUCCUGCGGCUGAAGAGCGUCCGCCUGCUCUCCGGCUCCAAGGAGAAGGACAGGACCAUGCGCCGCAUCACCCGCAUGGUCCUAGUGGUGGUGGCCGCCUUCAUCGUCUGCUGGACGCCCAUCCACAUCUUCAUCAUCGUCAAGAACUUUGUGGAGAUCGACGCCCGGAACCCUCUGGUGGUGGCCAGCUGGCACCUGUGCAUCGCCCUGGGCUACACCAACAGCAGCCUCAACCCCGUCCUCUACGCCUUCCUGGACGAGAACUUCAAGAGGUGCUUCAGGGACUUCUGCCUGCCGUACCGUGCCCGCCUGGAGCAGAGCAGCUUCUCUAGGGCCCGCAACGCCACCAGGGAGCCCGCGUCCGUGUGCGCCCCCUCGAACUCAGUGAAGAAGCCGGUAUGACUAGGCAUGGAGCAGGUGCCUGGCGAGGCGCCGCCGCGGACGCUCCAGGACGACCUGCAGACUGAGGUGACUCAGGUAUCCACCACGGAGUUCUGAGUGGAUUUGGAACCUUCUUGAGGAGGGGGGGGACAACAAACCCCUAACGCGCUGUUGUCUGUCGACCUCAUCUUUUCACAUGCCACCGAUCGCGGCUCGCGGCGUGCGGUGGGGAUGGUGUUUCACCGCUGGCAGGAAGUGCCUGUGGGAAACUUUGGUGAAUGUGUGGUAUGGUGUGCCUGGUACCAUGUGUGCAGGGGAGGGGCUAGAUCAUUUCAACUGGGGGGGCCAAGCUGGGGCCAGUUGUACUGUUAGAGGGGCCAGUUACGUUAAACAUCAUUGUUUUGUCUUGUUUUCUUCACUUCUUCACACAAAGCAAAAUGCCAUGUUUAUAAUUAUUCACUCUACAUGUAGGGGGGCCACAAGAGGGUCCAAGCUUGUUGUCACAGGGGCACUGGCCCCCCCUGCCACCCCCCCAGAACUGCCCCUGCAUGUGCGCAGUCACUUGCGCUGGUGUUUAUUUACCAAGCUGCAGUGAUGGUUUGUGACAAGGAAUCAUAGACACUGAAAUGUCGACAUGUAGGAAGGAACAAGAUGACAAAAGACAUGGAGAUGGUUCUUCUGUCGUCUUUGCUGAGAUAGAAAAACAUUCAGGUGAAAUUGCUUUUUUAUUUCAGUUUUGUCACUCAACAGUUCAGUUACAAGACAGACCUGAAAGACAGAACUCCAGCAUGCGUGUGUGUGUGUCUAUGUGCGUGCAUGCGUGCACGUGUGAUUGUGUGUUUGUGUGUGUGCUUGUGUGUUUAUGUGCGUGCCUGUGUGUGUGCGUGUGUGUGUGAGCUGAGCGGCUCUGACAGCAUGCAUUCACUGCUUCCAUCGCUGCACAGUUGACUCAUCCUUCCCCCCCUGGCAGUCAGGCUGCCAAAUUCUCCACCCAACACACACUGUACACAACAAAGUCACUUCAGACAGACUAACCAAGAUGGCUCUUUCAUCUUAACAAUAUACUUUGAUUCGUUUCGAGCCUCUCUUUCAGUGAUUUCUUCUAACUUGGGGACAGGAGCCAGUGAAGGGGACUUUUGACCUAAAGCAUGGCCCCUGACAGGGCCCCACACAGCGACUCCCUAAAGCAUGGCCCCUGACAGGGCCCCACACAGCGACUCCCUAAAGCAUGGCCCCUGACAGGGCCCCACACAGCGACUCCCUAAAGCAUGGCCCCUGACAGGGCCCCACACAGCGACUCCCUGAAGCAUGGCCCCUGACAGGGCCCCACACAGCGACUCCCUAAAGCAUGGCCCCUGACAGGGCCCCACACAGCGACUCCCUAAAGCAUGGCCCCUGACAGGGCCCCACACAGCGACUCCCUAAAGCAUGGCCCCUGACAGGGCCCCACACAGCGACUCCCUAAAGCAUGGCCCCUGACAGGGCCCCACACAGCGACUCCCUGAAGCUCAGCAGUCAAUGUCACCUCCGACCUGGACACCAGAGAUGUUUAGUGUGGUGAACGUCUACUCCACAAUUUUGUAAAAACGACAAAACGACUCGGAAAUAGUGACAUCGUUAAAAGCAGAAGGCAUCCAGACUUUGUUUACCAGAUUUCUCUCACCGGAUCGUCUCUCAUCAUUUGUGUUCUUGUUCUGAAGUUAAACUUCAGUGUUUGAUGCUGUGAUCAUGUGACAUAUUCUGUGCGAUGUACUGUUGAGAUAUCUUAGCGAUUCGCCUAUAAAUGUUGACUAUAUUUUCAUACUGUAAUGCCAGUAGUCAUAAAUAUAAUCUACAAACGCUAUGAGUUUGCAUCUUGAAAAUGACCCACAUGCUCCCUCUGAGACAUAUGUCUGCAAUGAGGAGUGUGUCGAAAAGGGUGUUGCCUAGCAACGUCAGAUGUGCACAGUGUGAAACAGAGCACCACCGUACUGCCUUACUGACAUUGUUUUCUGUAGCUUUCAGCCAGUGAAAAGUGUUGUUGUGUUGGCUUCUUAGUUGAUUUGAUUUUGAACGUUAAAUUUUGAUGUGUCGGUUAAAAGCUUUUCAUGAUUUUACUGUAGUGGGUCCAGGCAGAGGGGUCAGUGUAUUGUUACAAUGCAUACAGUAUAUAUGAACAUUGUAUUUGGCUGUUAAAGGUUUUGUGAACUAUAUCUUUAAAUUAUUAAUGUUUAUACAUAUAUGUCUGACUUAAUAUGUAUUAAUGUCUUAAUUUAGAUGACAAUUUUAUCCAGUGACAUACAAGGGGAUUUGAACCUGCAACAUUUUAGU